GUGUGAUUAGGAGAGUUUGGACUACAGUGGAGCAUCAACAGACAUCCGAGAGCCAGGAGAGACACACGCACACCUGUGGAGCUGCGGGAACACACGCGACUUGUGCUCUCUGAAUUUUAUCGAGGCAUUCGGUUGAGCAUUUAGAAAUGACGGACACUCUCAUUCCCAACGGCUGCAAAAGCAACGGACCGGUGGAGAACGGCUACUUCAAAAAGGGAUGUAAUCCAUUUGCUCAGACGGGUCGCAGUAAGCUGCAGAAUAAGAGAGCAGUUCUCAACCAGAAAAUCAUCAAGCAGAUGCGGAUGAGAGCUGGAGCUGAGAACCUUCUCAAGGCGACUUCCAAUAAUAAAGUUCGGGAGCAGGUGGUGCUGGAGUUGAGUUAUGUCAACUCAGAUUUACAGCUUCUUAUGGAACAGCUGGAGGGACUCAACAGCUCCGUGGAAGUUUAUCAGAACGUACAAGAGACAUCCAGCAUCCCGCUCAUUCCUCUGGGACUAAAGGAGACGAAAGAUGUGGAUUUCUCUGUUCCUCUCAAGGACUUCAUCCUGGAACACUACAGUGAAGAUGGCUCAAACUUCCAGAAUCAGAUCGAUGACCUUAUGGACCUAAGACAGGCUUGUCGGACACCCAGUCGCAAUAAUUCUGGUGUAGAUUUGAUUGCCAACUACUUCAGUCAACUUUCCUUCCUGGAGACUCGUUUCUUCUCCCCUACACGUCAGAUUGGCAUUUUUUUCACGUGGUAUGACUCCUUCACUGGCAUGCCUGUGUGCCAGAAUAACAUCUCCCUGGAGAGAGCCAGCAUGCUCUUUAACAUGGCAGCGCUCUACUCACAGAUUGGCACUCGUGCUGACAGACAGACACAAGCAGGACUCGAGGACGCCAUCGCUGCCUUCCAGAAAUCUGCAGGUGUGCUGCACUUUCUGAAGGAGACCUUUACACACACCCCCAGCUAUGAUAUGAGCCCUGCUAUGCUGAGUAUGCUGUUCCGGCUGAUGCUAGCACAAGCGCAGGAGUGCCUGUUUGAGCAGAUCACUCUGCCAGGAAUCCGAAAUGAGUUCUUCAGCCUGCUCAAAAUGGCUCAAGAAGCUGCCAAGGUGGGAGAAACCUACGCUCAAGUGCACCAGUCCAUGAUCGAGACCCCCAUUAAGAGCAACGUGCCCUUUUUCUGGACCACCAUGUCCCAGCUCAAGAUCAAUCACUACGACUCGUUGGCCCAUUACUUUGUGUCCACCGCUCUGCUAGACCACCAGUUGAACCCCAGUGAUGAUGAGGACAAGCAAGAGAAGGCUCUCUCACAGCUGUAUGAUGCCAUGCCAGAGGGACGCUCUCCUCUUGACAUUCUGAAGAACAAGGAUGAGAGACGGAGGAUAGGUAAAGCUCAUCUACAGCGCUCCAUCAUGGGACACGAAGAGGCUAUCCGCACACAUUGUCGCUGUCGACACCUGCAAAAACUGGACAUCCUGAGUGACAUCCUGCACGCUAGCCUCAAUCGCUCUCUCACUAAGUUUGAACAAAAUGACAAGGAAGACGAGUUCACAGACUACAUGCUUGCACCAGAUAUUAUCUCUAAAACGGAAAAGAAAGCUGAGAUGGAGAUUCCAGCGGCCACCAAGGUGAAAGUCACAGACCUUUUCCAGCGGCUGGGGCCUUUGUCAGUGUUUUCAGCGAAGCAGAGGUGGACGGCCCCACGCACCAUCAGGCUCAUACUGCAGGACAGAGACCUCGGGUUUACGCUCAAGGGAGAUGCACCCGUUCAGAUACAGUCACUCGACCCCCUUUGUCCCGCAGCGGCCGAUGGACUGAAAGAGGGCGAUUACCUUGUUGCUGUGGGCGACACCGAUUGUAAAUGGAUGGGAGUGAGUGAUGUCAUGAAGCUUUUAAAGGAUGUGGAUGAAGAGGGCAUCAACAUCAGGGUGGUCAGCAUGAUGGACAGCAGCAGCCAACCAAUGGCGACCAAGAGUGCGACAUACUGCGGCGGCCUGUCCAAGACAUACUCCAUGAUCUGCCUGGCACACGAUGAGGAUGAUAAAAACCCCAAGUCUCGCAAGGUAGCAAAGAAACCAUCAUUCCUCAGCUGGGGUCUCAAGAACAAGAAGAGCAGCAGCACGCUGAGUCUCCCUAACGCAGAUUACAGCAGGCCCUGGAACAGACCCUCAACCAACUACUCCAACUCGCAUCACGAAAGCGCCCUCUACUAAAACAAACAAAACUGCAGUCGGAAAAGAGGGAGAGCUUUGUAGAGAGAUUAAAACUAAUGUACAUUUUGCACGGACUUAAAAAAAAAACAGGUGUAAGCUAUUCUUUUAUUCCUUCAGUAGUCUAAUAGUCUUAGAAAAUCUCACCAGUAAAUUAAAGGUGUUUUUAAUGAAUCAGAUUAAAAACACUACAUGUAUGCUGCUCAAAAUAUUUGAUUCUACUUGUGUUAAAUGGCUAAAUGAAGGAUUUUUCUUUUGUUUUUUUAAAUUAGUGGCAUAGACAGGCAUCCUCUUUAAAUUUGAUUGAGGCUAGUAGACUGACUGUGGUGAUCUAGCAUCAUCGUGACGAAACUGAAUCCUGUGUUGAUCACUCUAGAAAAACAGAACAUGGGUGAGGAUAGUGAACGGAUUAUGGACUUGGAAUGUAUAAACAACAAACAGUCAUAUAUAAUUGUCUGUGUUUCUAAAGUAUUUACAUACACUGAAGGGAAAUGUUACGAUGGGCUGUGUGAGUGACAUAAGGUAUUGCCAAAUUCAAGCAAGACGAAUAGAAAGUCUAGUGAAACCAAUUUUUAUUUAACUUUUAUUUCACGUGUUUUACCUAGCACUACUUCAGUGUUGGAAUAUUUCACUGUCUACAAAGUAGAUUUUUUUUAUACACAUUUGAUAAUCAAAUAAUUUAUAUUCAAAAUAAAGAGAAAAAAAAUAUCUAUAUAAACGUAUGUAUUCAUUUUAAGUAUUGGAAUUAUUUACUGUAGGUUUUAUAUUGUGAAGCCUGAUGUAUAUAAUCAUGGGUUGUUGCUUUUUUUGUUUUUGGCUACAUGUUUAUCUGUUACUCCAUGUGCGUUCUUCUUUAAGUGUAGCAUUUUAAUAUAUUUUUUGACAAUAUUUAACCAUUUGCUUGAUGAAAACACUGCCUUUUACAGUGGUCAAAAGGACAAAAGCUUUUAAAAUGCCACAGUCUACACUGACAGUCUUAUUUAACCAUGGACCUCCGCUCCUCACUUGUAAAUACUUCAUUAUUGUCUGUGAAUGUAUCCUUAAAUUUGUGUUUCUUCACGUGCCACUUGGAAGUAUAAUGACACUGCUCUGACAGAAUGUUCAUAAUCUGCUUGCAUGCUAAUGAUUCUUUGAAAUUUAAUAUCUUUUUCUUCAGAGUCGAGCCAGAAUCUGCAUCAGUGCCCUAAAUUCUACCGCUGUUACAUGAUGUUAACAUGAUAAAGCAGAUUUGUCGAUUAGUUGCUCUUGUGUCUACAGUUUAUGCGGAUUACCAGUGGGAUAUAUCUGAUGAAAUGUCUGAACAAUGAUGAAAUGUUGCCUACUUUUUAUGUUUUAAAUGUUGAUUUAAAUAAAAUAAGGGGUCAAA